AUGUUUUCAAAGUGCUGUACAGAAACCCAGCCUCAAACCCCAAACAGUCCCCCUUUACAGAAACCCAGCCUCAAACCCCAAACAGUCCCCCCUUUACAGAAACCCAGCCUCAAACCCCAAACAGUGCCCCCUGUACAGAAACCCAGCCUCAAACCCCAAACAGUCCCCCUGUACAGAAACCCAGCCUCAAACCCCAUACAGUCCCCCCCUUUACAGAAACCCAGCCUCAAACCCCAAACAGUUCCCCCCCCUGUACAGAAACCCAGCCUCAAACCCCAUACAGUUCCCCCCUGUACAGAAACCCAGCCUCAAACCCCAAAACAGUGCCUCCCUUUACAGAAACCCAGCCUCAAACCCCAUACAGUCCCCCCCUGUACAGAAACCCAGCCUCAAACCCCAAACAGUGCCCCCCUGUACAGAAACCCAGCCUCAAACCCCAUACAGUCCCCCCUUUACAGAAACCCAGCCUCAAACCCCAUACAGUCCCCCCUUUACAGAAACCCAGCCUCAAACCCCAUACAGUCCCCCUGUACAGAAACCCAGCCUCAAACCCCAAACAGUUCCCCGUACAGAAACCCAGCCUCAGACCCCAUACAGUGCCCCCUGUACAGAAACCCAGCCUCAGACCCCAAAACAGUCCCCCCUUUACAGAAACCCAGCCUCAGACCCCAAACAGUGCCCCCUGUACAGAAACCCAGCCUCAAACCCAUACAGUCCCCUUUACAGAAACUCCAGCCUCAGACCCCAUACAGUCCCCCCUUUACAGAAACCCAGCCUCAAACCCCAUACAGUCCCCCUUACAGAAACCCAGCCUCAGACCCCAAACAGUGCCCCCUUUACAACCCAGCCUCAGACCCCAAACAGUCCCCCCUUUACAGAAACCCAGCCUCAGACCCCAAACAGUCCCCCCUGUACAGAAACCCAGCCUCAAACCCCAAACAGUCCCCCCCUCCGUACAGAAACCCAGCCUCCAGACCCCAAACAGUCCCCCCUUUACAGAAACCCAGCCUCAAACCCCAUACAGUGCCCCCUGUACAGAAACCCCAGCCUCAGACCCCAAACAGUGUCCCCUGUACAGAAACCCAGCCCCUCAAACCCCAUACAGUCCCCCCUUUACAGAAACCCAGCCUCAAACCCCAAACAGUGCCCCCCUGUACAGAAACCCAGCCUCAGACCCCAAACAGUCCCCACCCUUUACAGAACCCAGCCUCAAACCCCAAACAGUCCCCACCCUUACAGAAACCCAGCCUCAAAACCCCCAAACAGUCCCCACCCUUUACAGAAACUCCAGCCUCAGACCCCAAACAGUGCCCCCCUUUACAGAAACCCAGCCUCAAACCCCAAACAGUGCCUCCCCCUUUACAGAAACCCAGCCUCAAACCCCAUACAGUCCCCCCCACCCCCUGUACAGAAACCCAGCCUCAGACCCCAUACAGUGCCCCCUUUACAGAAACCCAGCCUCAGACCCCAAACAGUGCCCCCUUACAGAAACCCAGCCUCCAGACCCCAUACAGUGCCCCCUUUACAGAAACCCAGCCCCAGACCCCAAACCAGUGCCUCCCCCUUUACAGAAACCCAGCCUCAGACCCCAAACAGUGUCCCCCCUUUACAGAAACCCAGCCUCAAACCCCAUACAGUGCCCCCCUUUGCAAAACAGCCUCAGACCCCAAACAGUGCCCCUUUACAGAAACCCAGCCUCAAACCCCAAACAGUCCCCCUUUACAGAAACCCAGCCUCAGACCCCAAACAGUGCCCCCCUUUACAGAAACCCAGCCUCAAACCCCAAACAGUGCCUCCCCCUUUACAGAAACCCAGCCUCAAACCCCAUACAGUCCCCCCACCCCCUGUACAGAAACCCAGCCUCAGACCCCAUACAGUGCCCCCUUUACAGAAACCCAGCCUCAGACCCCAAACAGUGCCCCCCUUUACAGAAACCCAGCCUCAAACCCCAUACAGUGCCCCCCUUUACAGAAACCCAGCCUCAGACCCCAAACAGUGCCUCCCCCUUUACAGAAACCCAGCCCCUCAGACCCCAAACAGUGUCCCCCUUUACAGAAACAGCCUCAAACCCCAUACAGUGCCCCUUUACAGAAACUCCAGCCUCAGACCCCAAACAGUGCCCCCUUACAGAAACCCAGCCUCAAACCCCCAAACAGUCCCACCCUUUACAGAAACCCAGCCUCAGACCCCAAACAGUGCCCCCUUACAGAAACCCAGCCUCAAACCCCAAACAGUGCCUCCCCUUUACAGAAACCCAGCCUCAAACCCCUUACAGUCCCCCCACCCCUGUACAGAAACCCAGCCUCAGACCCCAUACAGUGCCCCCCUUUACAGAAACCCAGCCUCAGACCCCAAACAGUGCCCCCCUUUACAGAAACCCAGCCUCAAACCCCAUACAGUGCCCCCCUUUACAGAAACCCAGCCUCAGACCCCAAACAGUGCCUCCCCUUUACAGAAACCCAGCCUCAAACCCCAUACAGUGCCCCCCUUUACAGAAACCCAGCCUCAGACCCAAACAGUGCCUCCCCCUUUACAGAAACCCAGCCUCAAACCCCAACAGUGCCCCCUGUACAGAAACCCAGCCUCAGACCCCAACAGUGCCUCCCCCUUUACAGAAACCCAGCCUCAGACCCCAAACAGUGCCCCCCCU